CCCCGCUUGCACACCUUUCUCAGACCAGCACCUCGGCCAUAAAACAGCGAGUUGGCUCAUCGGCUCAGCAUCCGGGGUCUCAAAAAUUGAGGGUCCUGGCAACGAUUGUACAAAUUUUGAGUAUAUUCCCUUCACUGUCAACAAUUAUUCUCUCUAGACAUUAGGUACACAUCCGCCAUGGACCCCAAGACCCUCGACCUGGCCGAAAACCGGCGCUGCAUGCUCGCCGGCGAACUGUACUACGCUUUUACCCCUGACCUCACACAAGACCGCACCCGCGCCAAGGUGGCCUGCAAUGCCUAUAACACGGAGAGUGCUAACGGCGCUUCACGACGACGACUCGUCGAACUCUGGAAAGAGUGCGUCAUUCAUCCCUUGGCGUCGACCCACCCACUGAUGAGCCCACUCACUCACUUGCUCCAGCAUCAUCCGUGACGAAACACCUCUCCCACCACCAGGCACCCCCGAAGAAGAAGCCGUCCU